AUGAAGCCAAUCCUCCAGGGUUGCCGGCCGGCCACCUCUUUUGUCCGCGGUCUUGAGUGCCAAUCCCGGUCGCAGUCCCGGGCGUCGUUACUGCAGCAAGCGUACGCCGCCAGGAAGUUCCACAACUCGACGAGAAGAUGGCAAGAAAAGAGCAAGGACACAGAAAAGGAGAGUAUAUCUUUCCGGGGCCAACUGUACGAGAGUACCGCAGACCGGCUGAAACGGGAACGAGCCUCUGAAGCGCGAUACAUCCAAGCCACCAGAGUUCGCAGAGCAGCCGAGGGCAGGACGCUUGCUCUUAGUGUUGUGAUUCUGUCGGUUGCCGGUGCAGGCUACUGGCUAGGAUCCAGAGGCGAGAAAGCCCUGGACACGUCCUCAACCACUCCGCUCUCCCGCGCACACCCGCCUCAAAUUGAUACUCGAACAUCGGUCCUCCAAGCUGCCUGGGUGGACUUUGCUCAGAUCGUGGGCAAGGACAAUGUCUCUACCGUCCCAGACGACCUCACGGCGCAUUCCGGCUCCGAAUGGUCAUCCUACAGCACGAAACCCACCGAAAGACCCUUUGCUGUCGUGUAUCCAGCCACGACCGAAGAAGUCUCCAAGAUCAUGCAGGUGUGUCAUAAACGAAAGAUCCCUGUGAUUGCGCUCUCGGGCGGGACCAGUCUCGAAGGACAUUUCGCACCUACAAGAGGAGGAAUCUGCAUCGACAUGGGGAGGAUGGACAAAAUCGUGGAAUUCCACCCGGAUGAUCUGGAUAUCGUGGUACAACCGGCCUUGGGCUGGGAAGAUCUGAACGAGCAUCUGAGCGGGCACGGCAUGUUCUUUCCUCCGGAUCCAGGCCCAGGUGCGAAAAUCGGCGGCAUGGUCGGAACGGGCUGUUCGGGCACCAACGCCUACAGAUACGGCACCAUGCGUGAAUGGGUCAUUUCGCUUACUGUCGUACUGGCCGAUGGUACUAUCAUCAAAACCAGACGACGGCCUCGGAAGUCUAGCGCCGGCUACAACUUGACUCAAAUAUUCAUCGGCAGCGAAGGUACCCUCGGAAUCGUGACGGAAGCCACCUUAAAAGUGACAGUCCUUCCUAAAUGCCAAUCGGUCGCUGUGGCUACCUUCCCAUCCAUCCACGCCGCCGCCGAAUGCGUUGCGAAAGUGGUCGGCGAAGGAAUCCAGCUUGCUGGAAUCGAGAUCCUGGACGACGUACAGAUGCGGUGUAUCAACAAGAGUGGCACGACGAGCCGACAAUGGCAGGAGGCACCUACGUUGUUUUUCAAGUUCGCCGGAACUGCCGAUGGAAUCAAGGAACAGAUCCGUGUCGUACAGAAAUUGGCCAAGAGCACGAAGAACAAGAGCUUCGAGUUCGCCAGAAAUGACGACGAAGCUUUGGAACUCUGGAGCGCGCGGAAAGAAGCCCUCUGGAGUGUGAUGUCGAUGCGACGAGAUGAGACUGACCAUGUCUGGACCACCGAUGUGGCCGUUCCUAUCAGUCGUCUCGCUGAUAUCAUUCAAGAGACUCGCGAUGAUGUUGCUAAUAGUGGUCUGUUGGGUGGUAUUUGCGGCCAUGUGGGCGACGGGAAUUUCCACGCUAUUCUCCUAUACAACGAUGCUGAGAAGCAGGUUGCGGAAGAUGUGGUUCAUCGCAUGAUUCGACGCGCCAUCGCGAUGGAUGGUACCGUCACUGGAGAACAUGGUGUUGGCUUGAAGAAACGCGAGUUCAUUCGGGAAGAGCUGGGAGAUGACACCGUCGAUGCCAUGCGCAGGCUCAAGCAAGCAUUUGAUCCUAUGGGGCUGCUCAACCCUGACAAGGUCGUGCAGGUUGAGGAAGGCCAUUAG